AUGGGUCUGCUGUCGCUGGGGACGCCUUUGGAGUAUUUGGAGUCGAGAAAACACAACGAGGACGUUAGAGAUGAUGGGAUUGAGCAGUUGCUGUAUGUGUUUAAGGCGGCGUCCAGAAGAGAUGGAGAUCCGUUGUACUGGGGGGAUGAGGUUGAGUACAUGAUGAUCGAGUUUGACGACUUUGGCAAGAACGCCACGCUGGACGUUAGGCAUGAUGAAGUGCUCACAGCGCUUAACACGGACGAUUAUGCGCUCUGUGUAGCUCACAAUGUGCAUUUUCACCCGGAGUACGGCAGAUUUAUGCUUGAAGCGACGCCGAACGCUCCGUUCAAGGGCUAUCCCGGCAAGUAUGUGGAGUUUAAUAUGCGGCAGAGGCGCGUUGUCGCCGGCAUGGCGUACGACCGACUUGCAAAGGGCGAGUCUGGACGGUUUGGUAUUCUGACCCUGGCGACGUUUCCUCGGAUGGGGUGUCCGGACUCGAUUAACGUUGCGAGUCCGUGGGACCACAAGAAUAUGGCGUCCUGCUCGCUGUUUCUGCCUGACGAAGUGAUCAACAGGCAUAUAAGAUUCCCUACUCUGACCAAGAACAUCAGAACACGGCGCGGCGAAAAAGUGUGUAUCCACGUUCCGAUGUACAAGGACGAGAAGACUCCGGACGCGGACGAUACUGUUUAUAGGCGGGAUUGGUUCCCGCGAGAGGACGCAGAGUCCGAGCUGGCUGCGAGACCGGGCUAUAUCUACAUGGACUCGAUGGGUUUCGGAAUGGGCUGUAGUUGUUUGCAGACAACCUUCCAGGCGCCUAAUCUUGAUAAAGCGCGUUACCUGUACGAUUCGUUGGCAAAUUUCGCCCCCGUGCUGAUGGCAGCCUCGGCAGCAUCUCCCAUCUUCAAAGGAUGGUUGGCUGAUCAGGAUGUGCGUUGGAGCGUUAUCUCGGACGCUGUAGACGACCGUACUCCUAGGGAGCGCGGCGUCGAGCCCUUGCUGCCAAAAUGCAAUAAAGGCGGGUUUGGAGCCAUAGCACCAGAGUUACAUGAUAAGGUGCAGCGUAUUCCUAAGUCAAGAUAUAGCACAGUUGAUCUGUUUUUGGGCGGUAAUAAGUUUUUCAAGCGUAGUUAUAACGAUACCGAUGUACCUGUGAAUGAAAAGGUUUUAAGCAGAUUGCAGGAAAACCAUAUUGCUCCGCUGGACUACGACUUGGCGAGACAUUUCGCGCACUUGUACAUUAGAGACCCGUUGGUCAUCUUCCAGGAAAGCAUUCAGCAGGACAACCAAAACUCGACAAACCAUUUUGAAAACAUUCAAAGCACUAAUUGGCAAACUUUGCGUUUGAAACCACCAACUCAAGAAUCCGUCCCUGAAAACAAAGAUAAACUUGGGUGGAGAGUCGAGUUCAGACCGUUGGAGAUCCAAUUGACUGACUUUGAAAAUGCCGCUUACUCGCUGUUCACUUUCCUCCUAGCUGAUUUCUUUUUAACCUUUACAGAAGAGAUCAACGCUUACAUGCCGAUGUCCCAAAUAUGGGUGAAUAUGGACAGAGCCCACAAAAGAGAUUCUUUAAUUAAUACCAAGUUCUUUUGGAAGGACUCAUUUGAAUCUGACGGUAGCAAAACUUCAGAGCUAACCAUCGAUGAUAUAUUUCAUAGCGAGUCCAAUGGAAUCUUCCCAAGAUUUAUCAAUCCUAUAUUGAUCCACAGGGGGUUUAUCCAUAAAAGUUGGGAGGAAUUGAAGAUGUCGGCUGAUCAUUUGCGGCUCUACUAUUACUUGAAGCUAAUUUCUGAUAGAGCUAGUGGUAAGCUGCCAAGCACGGCCAAAUUUCUUCGCGAUUUUGUUCUGAAUCACCCCUCUUACGAACGGGAUUCAAGAGUGAACAAGACAGUCAACUAUGACAUGCUUCAAAUGUGCAGUCAUAUCAGUAACCUGGAUGAUUCACGUGGGGAGCUAGCUCAAUUUCUAGGAAAUGAGAUAGCCAUGUAUCUUGUUAAUAGCAGACUUUAG